CAAAAUUUCUCAUCAAUCUCUUCGUUCAUCUAACUUUAUAAAGUUUUAUAAUUUAAUUUUGAGGAAUUUAAACAUCAACAAAUUAUCUGCAAAUGUUUUAAUAAUUGUGAUAGACUAGUGAACAGUGAAGUUAUCGUAAAGUUUUAUAAUUAAACAUAAUCUAAAUCUCAUAAAUAGUGAAAAAAAUAAUUGAUCGAAGAAAUUGUUGUUGUUGUUGUUGUUGCUGAAAAUUUCACUUAAUUGAUUUUUAUUAUUGCUCUUAAAAUCGAUUAAAUAAUCUUGUUGGAUCAUGAAAUAAGUAAACAAACAAGGCAGACAAUUCAAUUGAAUAAUGGAACAAGAUGAGGAUGGUUUAGACCCACGAAUUCAGAUUGAGCUAGAGAACUUGAAUACUUAUACUGAUGACAUCAAUAAGCUGGAAAUAGAGCUUGAGGAAGCAAACUCAACAUUUCGUAUACUUCAUAAUGAGGCAACGCGCCGAUUAAAAGUAUUAAAAAAGAAACUCGGAAGUUCAAAUAUCGAAAAAUCACGUCCUUAUCAUGAUGCCGUAGAACAAGCUCGCAUUGCACAAAUAGAAUGUCAAACUGCUGCUGCAAAAUAUCAACGAGCGAAUGAAAUUCAUGCGGCAGCAAAGGAGACAGUGGCAUUAGCUGAACAACGUUUUAUGUCAAAUUCACAUGAGUGGCAAUUUGAUAAUGCUUGGCAAGAAAUGUUGAACAAUUCAACGCUCAAGGUAAUGGAUGCCGAAAAGCAAAAGGCUGAAUCAGGAACGUUGCAUCAAGAGAAAACACAAAUUUUUCAUGCAGCGGAAUCAAAAGUACAACUCCAAGAACAAAAGUUCAAGUCAUGUAUAACGAAAUCACGUCCAUAUUUCGAGGAGAAGCAGAUAUGUCAAGAUCAAUUAAAUACCCAAAAGGAGAGAAUUCAACAGCUUCAGGCACUGCUUCAAAAAGCAAAGACAAAUUACUCAACUUCUCUCAAGAAUUUAGAAUUAAUAAGUGAAUCGAUUCACAAGAUGCGUGGGGAUUUAUUGGGAGUUCGUGAACCGGGUGUUGGAGCGGAAUCGAAUGAUAUUCCUAAUGAAAACAAUAAUACAACUAAUGAUAAGAAUUUAGAUUUUAAUUUGGACGAUGAGUUUGAAUCACGCUCACAUUCGAGGUCAACAAGUCGUUCAAGGACUGAAACUGAUGCGGAACUCGAUGAUACUGACGAUGUAGAGACAUUGAGAAUGAAAGUACGCACUUUGGCUGUUCGUCCAAUUGAAGGAGGUGAUGGAAAGCAAGAUGAACAGAAGAAUUGGGAAUCAGAAUUGAAAGAAACUGUCGAUAAGCUCGAUCACUUAAUGCUGUUGCGAGAAAAGACACAAAGUUCAUUUCAUUCAGAGCCACAAUCGCCAAUUCAUCUUGAGCAGAAACCCGUCAAGCAAUUACAAAAAUUGGAUCCACUUCCAUUGACUGUCUCAAGCUUGCAAGCUCUUCCAUUAUCCUCUAAUGCUUUGCCCUCUAAUUCGAAAUUUCUUGCUGGUUCAACAACAAUUAUAUGUGAUAAUUUGGUUAAUAAGAAAAGAAAAUUAAGCCUGGGUUGAAGUCAGUUGAAUUUGAGUGAGAAAAAAAUUGACAGCAGAAAUAAUUUAUUUUUGUUCAGGAAUUUUAUUCAAAAAAAGAGAAGAAUUGUGAGAAAAUUUUAAAAAACAAAUCAGAUUUAACUAUAUGUAGAGAUGUAUUUUCAAAAGAAAUAUCUAUUAAUUACAAUGUAAAAUUUUUCGUGCCCAACAGAGAGUUCAUAGAAACUAAUCUGAUUAAAACAAAUUGAGUAAGUUGUAAAGAAAGUUUAUUUUAAAAAUCAACUUAA